UGCUCUGCCACAUCCCUAAGCUCUACUACUAGUCCGUUUCGCCAUGUGCGCUGUAUCCGCUUCGCCAUAACUGCUUCACCUCCCCCUAGGGUUUCCAUUUGUAUUCAUCUCUAAUUUUCUCAUGGAGCUUCAGCAAGUUCAGGUCUACAAGCCGGCGCUGGGGGAGCAAACGGAACAGCAGCCGGAGAUGAUGAGCGUCAAUCAAUGCCAAUCCAUGGGCGACCUCGACGAUUCUCAGCUCGUCGGAGCUCACGAGGCGGCGGUGGAUGCGGUGAAGGAGGUGAGGAUGGGUGAGGUGGCGGCGGAGGUCAAAGAGGCGACGAGUAGCGUGGGGAAGAAGAGGCGGGGGCGGCCGCCCGGGCCGGGAAGACCUAAGACGACGCAGGUGAGGAAGAAGAACGAUGAGGAAGAUGUUUGCUUUAUUUGCUUCGACGGCGGGAGCUUAGUGCUUUGUGAUCGGAGGGGAUGUCCUAAGGCGUAUCAUCCCUCAUGCAUCAAGCGCGACGAGGCCUUUUUCAAAUCAAAGGCUAAAUGGAAUUGCGGUUGGCAUAUAUGUAGCAGCUGUCAGAAGGCGUCGCAUUAUUUGUGCUAUACUUGUACGUAUUCUUUGUGCAAGGGAUGUAUUAAAGAUGCUGAUUACCAAUGCGUACGAGGAAACAAAGGAUUCUGUGGAACAUGUAUGCGCACUAUAAUGCUAAUUGAAAAUGUGCAAGGGAAUAAGGAAGCGGCUCAAGUGGAUUUUGAUGACAAAAGCAGCUGGGAGUAUCUCUUCAAAGUGUACUGGAUUCUUCUGAAAGGGCAACUAUCAUUAACUGUGGAUGAUCUCAUUAAAGCUAAAAAUCCAUGGAAAGGAGCUGCCGUUGUGGCUUGUCCUAGAGGAGCUUUGGGUGAAGUACAUGUUGGUCAUAAAACAAAUGAUUUAGGUUCUCUCAACUCUUGCAUGGACCUAGGAGCAGCGAAUUCCAAUGGAUCUAAUAAAAGGCCUAGAAUUGGUGACGGAGGGAUGUCUUCACCUGAAGGCAUGAAUUGGGCAUCGAAGGAGCUCUUGGAGUUUGUUGCUUAUAUGAAAAAUGGUGAUGUCUCCGUGUUAUCUCAGUUUGGCGUUCAGGCACUUAUGCUGGAGUACAUAAAGAAAAACAAUCUUCGUGACCCUCAUCGAAAAUGCCAAAUUAUUUGUGAUACAAGGCUCAGAAAUCUGUUCAGGAAAGAAUGUGUCGGUCACUUUGAAAUGUUGAAGCUUCUUGAAUAUCACUACCUUAUAAAGGAAUGUUCAACGGCAGAGAAUAAUAUUGGUGCUGGAGUUCUUAGUGCUGUUGCUACUGACAUGGAGAUUGAUGGGAAUUAUGACAAUCAGUUGAUGAUGUGUAGUGAUAAGAGGCGUAAAACACGUAAAAUUGAUGAGAGAGUACCCUCUACUAAUCCAGAUGCAUAUGCAGCUAUUGAUGCUCAUAACAUAAAUUUGAUCUACUUGCGGCGCAAUUUGCUUGAGAAUCUACUUGAUGAUGUUGAUAAAUUUAAUGAAAGGGUUGUUGGUUCAAUUGUGCGAAUAAGAAUUUCUAGUAGUGAUCAAAAGCAUGAUUCUUAUAGGCUUGUGCAAGUUAUAGGGACCAACAAGGUUGCUGAAGGCUAUAAAGUUGGCACUCGAACAACUGAUAUGAAGCUUGAAAUCUCAAACUUAGACAAGAGAGAGGUCUUACCAAUUGAUCAGAUCUCUGAUCAGGAGUUCUCCCAGGAUGAAUGCAAACGGUUACGCCAGAGUAUAAAAUGUGGGCUGAUCAAACGAUUUACUGUGGGUGAGAUUCAGGAUAAAGCAAUGGCACUUAGAGCAAUUAGAGUCAAUGAUGAGCUAGCAGCUGAGGUCUUACGGCUUAAUCACCUUCGUGACCGUGCAAGUGAAAAUGGACGUAGAAAGGAGCUUAGGGAACUUGUGGAGAAAUUACAGCGUCUGGACUCGCCAGAGGAACGCCAGCGCAGACUGGGUGAAGUUCCUGAAGUACACACUGAUCCUGAAAUGGAUCCAAGUUAUGAGUCUGAAGACAAUGCUGGAGAAGACAAUAAACUAGAUGGCAAUGUCAAAACAAGGAGAUCCGUCUCUGGUAGAAAGGGGAGGGAAUCUUUCUCUCCACAAAUGGAAGGUGGUGUUUCAAAUAAUAGUGGAAACAAAGCACAGAACAAUCAACUUAGAGAAGCAUUGGGUAUAAAUGGAUUGAAUACAACAACAAACCAAGCUACUCCCAGUAGUUUGGUUCGUUGUGGUGGUAAUGAUGAAUCAGCGGUUGAACUGAAUAUAUCUUCCGAGGUUGCAUCAGAAAAUUUGUCAGUGUCCUUUUCUGCAGUUAUGAAGGCAAACCUACCUGUUGAGAGUUUUGAGAUGGAGAAGAUUUGGCACUACCAGGAUCCCUCUGGAAAAAUUCAGGGACCAUUUGCUAUGGUACAGUUGUGUAAAUGGGAUACAACUGGAGUCUUUCCUCCAGAUCAUCGAAUAUGGAGGAUAAAUGAGAAACAGGAUGACUCCAUCCUUUUGACUGAUGCAUUGAAGGGGCAGUACUGUAAAAAACCAUUGUUGCCACAUGACAGCAACAUACAGUCUCAAGGAUUGAAGGUUGCCUUAGAUGGAACAAACAGUGGCUUGGAUGGUAGAUGGAACAAUAGUAUAAAUGCAACCCCGAUAGAUGGUAAAAAGGUUGAAGAGAGCUGGAACACAAAGAAAGAUGGUCAAAUCUUCCAGAACAGUGGUAAUUCUGAAGUUGUAAGGAGCAGUACACCUGCAGAUGCUGUCAAUUCAAAUGAGAAAAAAAAUGGGGAAGCCCAUAAUAGUGGUAGUACUGAAGUACUAUGGAGCAGUACACCUGCAGAUGCUGUCAAUUCCAAUGAGAAACAAACUGGAACCCAUAAUAGUUGUAGUACAACUACUGAAGUUGCAAGGAGUAGUACACCUGCAGAUGCUGUCAAUUCCGAUGAGAAACAAACUGGAUUCCAUUUACAAGGAUGUGAUUCAGUGAAGAUUGAUACUUCUUUGUCCAAUCAGCCCCAAGAGUGUAGUUCACUAACUUCGCCAGUGUUGUCGGUAAAACCAUAUGAAACCCUGUCUCACCAAGAAGGGGAGGGUACAACUGAAAAUAACUCUAACCAGAAGAAUGGAAGUGUGGAUUGGCGACAGAAUACUCAGGAUCAAAUGAAUAAUGAACAGGGUAAUGAGAACCGAUCUGAUAGUGAGGGACAGUCCGUGCAAUCCUCUGCACAGAACUGGACACACCCACCUGCAAGUAGUCCUUCAAAUGGCUGUGAUUUUACCUCUGACUUUGUUCCUGUGGCUAAAACAUUUGAGACAUCAGAACAAGAUGAGAGGGAACUUGAUUUUCCAGAAUUUCCUAGUCCCACUCCGAAACGAAGCAAUGGAGACUCUCAAGGUCAGGCGUCUGAACAUAAUCAGUCUCUGUCUUCAAAUCUUGCUGUUCAGGAUGGAGGACAUAGCUGGAGCGAUUCUAAUUUAGUUGGUGGUGGGGAACAACUUCAGAAAGUGGCUGGUGAUUGGGGUGGGUAUUCCCCAACCCCAGCCAAACUGUCUGUUGAGGAAUGGGACUCCAGUCUUGUGUCUGCAUCUUCUCUUAAACCAAGCGAGAUACCCAGUGAUUUUGUUGCCGCUCCUGUUUCAGUUAAUGGCCAGCUGACUGAACCCAUCCCAUCCCAUCCCACCUCUAAUGCAUCUAGUUGGCAGGAAAUUCUUACUGAAACCAAUGAGUUUUGCACUUUAGCUGCUGAUGAGUCAGUUUCAGAUCUUCUGGCUGAAGUUGAAGCUAUGGAGUCCCUGUGUGGCUUGGCUACCCCAACAUCAAUCAUGCAUUGUGGCGGAGAAUUUACAGAAGGUUCAAAAAAUGAUAGCUGCUGUUCUGUAGAGGGAUUUAGCCCAGCACCUGAACCUGGAAAAGGUGAUGCUUUAAGCUCGACAUGUGAUUUACAGUUACCGUCUGAGGCGAUGGUGACAGAUGAACCACUGGGGGUAUCUCAGGCAAGCAUUCUUGAUCUGCAACAAAUGUCUGGUGUAUGUUCUUCCACAAACCCUGAACUGCAGGGAGACAUAAAGCCUAGUGAUGUUGCAGUUAAGGAGCUGGAGGCAAAUGUUUCGGUUAACCAACUGGAAGCAGGGGAGAUCAAAACGGCUGCUCCAUCCAAGGAAUGUUGGGACAUGUCUAGUACAGACGAUCCAUGGAAAGCUAGGUUAGAAAGCACAGGAACCAGUAUAGAAGCAGUUCAGGGAAAUACAAACGCCAAGUGGGAAGGGUCAGACCCUGGAGGCACAAAGGUGCUUGGCCUUCAGCAGAUGACAGGUGUACUUUCAUCCAAAAGCACAGAAGCGGAGAGAAAGCCUAGUAAUGUGUCAGUUAAUCAACUGGAAGCAAAUGUUUCAGUUAACCAACUGGAGCCAGGUGAAAUCUCGAUGACUGCACCAUCCAAGGAAAGUUGGGACAUGUCCACUACAGACAAUCCUUGGAAAGCUAGGUUAGAAAGCAGAGAUGCCAGUUGUGAAGCAAUUCAGGGAAAUGUAAACGCUGGCUGGGGAGGAGACCGAGGAAGUACAAAUAGAAGUUGGGGAGGACCAGACCCGGGAAGUGCAAAUGUGGGUUGGAGAGGAGGUCAGGGAUCAAUACAGGGAAACACUGUCAUAAAUUCAGGUGCUCCUGCCGGAGGGAUGUGGGAAGGCCACCAGUCAAGAUACGGAGGAGACAGAAGAGGCCGGGGUUUUCCAAAUAGAGAUGUAGGUUUUGGUAGGGGUAGGUUUGCAGGGGACAGGCAGGCAUCAUAUGGUAACAGGAAUGGAGGUUCAUUGAGGCAGCCUCCUCGAGGCCAGCGGGUUUGUAAAUAUUACGAAAGCGGGUAUUGCAAGAAGGGAGCAUCCUGUAGUUACUUGCACCCAUGAUUUUUGAGUCUCCCACUUCAAUUAGAAACAUUAAUUCUGUAGUCAUUGCUCAUUAGGAGGAUUUGUUGAUGCCAAUUCCUGUAAUUGAACUUGUAUAAGUAGCCGUCAAGUGGCUCGGUGCAUAAUAAUUUUUUUCAGAUAGCUUUAGCAUUAGACACUCAGUACCCUUGUUGGGGUACUCAUUCGAUGUUCAUGUUCUAUCUUCGCCGGUUAAUGAUGUCCAGAAUGGACGUUUUC